CACAAACUAGCUACAAGAGAGAGAAGGGGAGAGACAGGGACGGGGAGAGAGGGAAGCCAUUUCCCUUGGGAAUGCAGAGAGAUGAGACGAGCUUCGUUUUCCGCGGCUGAGCUCGGUGCUAGGGCGAAGAAAUCCGCCGACGGCAGGAAUUGCCACCGCAAACACGUCGAAGACGGGUGAUCCCGUCACCUCCACCGGCUUAAUUCAAUCGCAAAAUUGUCACUAUUAUAUCUAUUAAUUAAUUUUCGUAGAUCUUUUAUCCGAGUCUAAUUAGGCAUGUCGACGACGGAGAAGAGCGAGAAGUGUCAGGGCGUCCACAGCGUGCUGCACGGAAGGUACGAGCUAGGCCGGAUACUAGGGCACGGCUCCUUCGCCAAGGUGUAUCUCGCUCGGAACCUGCAGAGCGGGAAGAGCGUGGCGAUGAAGGUAGUAGGGAAGGAGAAAGUGAUAAAGGUUGGGAUGAUGGAGCAGGUGAAGCGUGAGAUAUCUGUGAUGAAGAUGGUGAAGCAUCCUAACAUAGUGGAGUUGCACGAGGUGAUGGCUAGUAAGACCAAGAUCUACUUCGCUAUGGAGCUGGUUCGCGGCGGGGAGCUCUUCGCUAAGGUGUCGAACGGCCGGCUGCCGGAGGAGACAGGGAGGCAUUACUUCAAGCAGCUGAUAUCCGCAGUGGACUUCUGCCACAGCCGAGGCGUCUACCACCGUGACCUGAAGCCGGAAAACUUGUUACUCGACAACGAUGGUAACCUCAAGGUUACCGAUUUUGGCCUUUCGGCGUUUUCUGAUGAUUUGCUGCAGGACGUAUUGUUCCACACGGCGUGUGGCACUCCGGCGUAUGUUGCGCCUGAGGUGCUUGGGAAGAAGGGUUACGACGGUGCCAAGGCUGACAUUUGGUCGUGUGGCGUUAUUUUGUAUGUUUUGUUGGCUGGAUGCUUGCCUUUUAAGGACGACAACAUUGUGUCUUUGUAUCGGAAAAUUUAUAAAGGGGAUUUCAAGUGUCCGCCGUGGAUGUCGCCCGAUGCGCGGAGGCUGAUCGUCAGAAUGCUUGAUCCGAAUCCGAGCAGUCGGAUAACUAUCUCAAAGAUCAUGGAGUGUUCGUGGUAUAAGAGAAAACCUGCCAAUUCUGUGGAAGUGCGAGAUGAAAAGACCGUGAUUCCAGAAUUUGGGUUGGGAAAGGUGGAAAAAGAGAGUUUAAAUGCUUUCCACAUAAUUUCGCUGUCGCAAGGGUUCAAUUUGUCGCCGUUGUUCGAGCAGAAGAAAAGGGAGGAGAAGGAGGAGAUCAGAUUCGCCACGACUAGGCCUGCGAGCAGCGUCAUAUCCCGGCUGGAGGAGGCGGCGGUCAAGGCCGGAAAAUUCAGUGUCGAGAAGAGCGGAGACACCAGCGUCAGACUGCAGCGACAGGAGAAUGGCCGGAAAGGAAAGUUGGCCAUCGCGGCGGACAUCUUCCCGGUAACGCAGUCGGUGCUCGUGGUGGAAGUGAAGAAGUCUAGCGGCGACACCUUCGAGUACAACCAGUUCUGCAGCAAGGAGCUCCGCCCUGCGCUCAAAGACGUCGUCUGGACGUCACCUGUUGCCGAGAAUUCAGCAUCUGCUUGGAUCUGCCGAGGUGGGGGUUAGCAUUCAUGUAUUCGAAUUAAUUUGUGUUAUUGUGUUAUUCAAAUUAGAUGUCAUUCAAGCUUGGGGGUUGAUGAAUUCAGUUCUUAAAUUGCCAUGGUUUGAACCUUCCGUUGAAUUCAUCUUGUGAUCCCCCCUGCUUAUGUCGUGUGUCAUUAGUAUGAUGUUUGUUUGAUUUGAUUGUGAACUGGAAAUGGUGUGUUAAAUUCCUACUGAGUCAGUUGGUGGGAUUUCAACAUUUGGUUAGCAUAUGGUUGUCAUGUGACAUGAUCUUUAUUAUGUAUAAAUGAUUACUUUGUUUAUACGGGUA